GGCAUUAUGAUCCUGUCUCCAAGAAGCGGUGGUUACCGCAUCUUUCUCAACCCUUUAUCUCCGUAUCCCCUGUUUACCGAGCUCAUUCAUGUACAAAUUAUCAACUUUAGGGAUUACUUCCAUACGCUCAAUGCUUUGAAGCUCAGGUCUGGUUACUUUCUUUAUGUGUUAAGCCGACUACAAGCUUUGUGUGGAAUUCUUAAUCUCCAUGGAAUAGCCCAUGUGAGAGAGGAUCCACCUGUUCUGUUACGGCUUUACACUCAUAUUUUGCGAACCCUGGUUUUAGCUUCCUCUGGUAUCUUGAGGUAUGAGUUUCUUUGCUUGAAGGACCGUGGUCUAAUGCUCUUAAACCCUCCCUGCAGGAUCUUUGAUGGUGGUUUUGGAAGCUUUUCCAAUGACCACUCGUCAUCAAGCUCUUCUGACGUCUUCAAGUUAUACGUUUUCAAUACCACCUCGUUUUGCUAUGUUUUGUCUAAGCUCAAUUCUAACUCCACAACAAUUCUAGCAAGCAACGUCAACCACCAGAGCACCAUCACCUAUGCUCGAACCUUUGUCAAAGCACUACUUUGUGUAGUUCUUCUCGUGCCGGCGAGAUUCAAGUCUUUGGCCCCUUCACCAACGCCAUCUCGUCUCUUGACAGUGGCAAUUUGUUCAUCCAUUGACUUGUUCUUGGAAGAAUUGUCGAUAAACUUUGACCUCACAUGUACCAAAAAGCUUUUUAGCUUUUGGCUCAAAGCUCUCAAGGAUCCUUUGUCGAUUAACCUUAUCUAUCCUUUUAUCUUUCUUAUGGUAACUUUGGGGUAUGCCCCUUAUUAUUGUGCUUUAAACUUUGGGAUCUCAGAUCCCUUCUAUCUCUGUAUUUGGCUUCUACUCUAAUGGAAUGAAAACAAAUCUUUGUCCAAAAAAAAAAAAAAA